AUGCCUGACACAGUCCAGAAUGGUACGACCGCUACGGCUAUACCGCAUGCCGUCUACGGAUUCAUUGGUCUGGGGAACAUGGGUUUCGGCAUGGCCAAAAAUCUCAGAGCAUGCAUGCCCAAGCACAGCAAACUGCUAGUGUGUGAGUUGAACAUCACCAGGGGGCAGCAAUUCGUGUCUUCCGUCGACGGUUUGGUCGAGGCUGUAGAAUGUCCCAAAGAUAUAGCAGAGCAAUGUGACAUCAUCAUCACAAGUCUGCCGCACGGUGAUGCCGUGCGGCAGGUGUUUACCGAUCCAUCCACCGGGCUCUUGUCGGUCUCUCCACACUCCGGCACUCGCAAGUUCUUUCUGGAGACAUCAACCAUCGAGGUCCGGACGUCAAACGAAGUUCUUGAAGCAGUCAAAAGGGCCGGGGUUGGGGACUUCAUCGACUGCCCUGUGUCUGGAGGCAUCCCGGCCGCCGACCAAGGAAACCUGACGUUCAUGGUCGGUGGAACCCAGGAGCUUCUGGACAGGGCAAAGCCUGUGCUCGCAACCAUGGGGAAAGCAGAGAACGUCAUCUUCUGUGGUCCUGCUGGAGCCGGACUGGCCACGAAGCAGAUCAACAAUUAUAUUGCCAAUGUGUCUUACAUUGCUCUGUGUGAAGGGAUGAAUACGGGUAUCAAAUAUGGCCUGGACCCAAAGGUCCUGACCGACGUCAUCAAUGUGUCGAGUGGGAUGUGCUGGAACUCACUACACAUGAACCCGGUCAAGGGAGUGCAACCCGAUUCUCCUUCAUCGCGAGACUUUGAAGGAGGCUUCAAGACGGAGCUGGCCAAGGGCGUCAUGGACAUGACGGUGCAAUUGAUGGACGACGUCGGUGCAAAGCAUGUCAUGGGCCCUAUCGUGACCGACGUCUACGCCAGAGCAGUCAAACACCCGAGAUGUGCAGACAAAGAAUGCAGAAGUAUUUACAGGCUCUUCUCGGAGAAUGAAGGGCGAGAUCUUGGGAAUACAAGGAUAGAGUAA